AUGAUGUCUUAUCUUAAGCAACCACCUUACGCAGUCAAUGGCCUGAGUCUCACAACCUCGGGCAUGGAUUUGUUACAUCCGUCCGUCGGUUAUCCCGGUAAGCCACGCCUUAAACGCCUGCAAAGAACCCUCCGCUCCCCCGGCAAGGUCUCCCUGCUCUUCCCCCCUUGGGUUUCCCUCCUUAUCCCUAACACCAGUCUUUUUCUCUCUCCCUCCCCGUCUCUCCGUCUCCAGGUGUGGUUUAAAAACCGUCGGGCCAAGUGCCGGCAGCAUUUUUUGCAGCAGCAGAACGGGGGCCAGAACAAGGUACGGCCAGCUAAAAAGAAGAAUUCACCAGCCCGGGAAGUGAGUUCGGAGAGCGGGACCAGCGGGCAGUUCACUCCCCCCUCCAGCACCUCUGUCCCCACCAUUUCCAGCAGCAGUGCCCCCGUAUCCAUCUGGAGCCCAGCGUCCAUCUCCCCGCUCUCAGACCCCCUGUCCACCUCAUCCUCCUGCAUGCAGAGAUCUUAUCCCAUGACCUACACCCAGGCCUCGGGCUACAGCCAAGGAUACGCUGGCUCGACCUCCUAUUUCGGAGGGAUGGACUGUGGAUCUUACUUGACCCCUAUGCACCACCAGCUUCCCGGACCGGGGGCCACCCUGAGUCCCAUGGGUGCUAACGCGGUCACCAGCCACCUCAACCAGUCUCCAGCCUCCCUCUCCACCCAGGGCUAUGGAGCCUCCAGUUUGGGCUUUAACUCCACCACCGAUUGCUUGGAUUAUAAAGACCAAACGGCCUCCUGGAAGUUAAACUUCAAUGCUGACUGCUUGGAUUAUAAGGACCAGACAUCGUCAUGGAAGUUCCAGGUUUUGUGAAGAACCGUUGUUGAUAACGAGAGAAAUCGCGACGAGAACGAACAGGCUGGGCCGAACGCUCCAGUUUUAGUCAGGUCUUGGUUAAAUUAAAGAGAAAAAUAACUCCACGGACAAACAAACGAACAAAAAAACCGACAGCGACGGGAGGGGGGACAGUGUUGGUGUGAUCCCGGUCAGACUCAUCUCCUGCUCAGACGCUCUGGAAAAGGAAUAAUAAAGAGGAAAAACGGAGGAGGAAGGCCUUAAACGGACAGAUCAUCUAGUGAGCAGAAAACAGA